AUGGUUGCAAGUCGAAUGAUUCGUAUUGGACGCUAUCUUCGAGCGUUGCCACGAGAACUGUGGAACCUUUAUCCUGAACAAGUUGCUCUCUUUUCAACGUUCGGCGUGGCAGGUGCUGUAGUUUUCGUGUACAAAGUAAGGAAGUAUGGUACUGAAGGAAGUAAGUAUAAGACAUUAUUCGAGAUAUUAUAUCGUUAA